AUGAGACCCCCGUGUGUCAUUUACCUCGUCCUCCUCCUCUUCUCGUCCCUCUGCCGGGGUCAAAGGUCAGACAGCGAGACGAAGAAGAAGCCCUCCUGUAAUCGCUGUGACCUGCAGCUCUCCUGUAACUGCUCCUGUGGCGGGUUCGUCGCCGUUCCCAUGGUAACGGGCCUCGCCCUGACUCUUGAUCUCUCCUUCAACAACAUCACCGUGGUGACCGACGACGACCUGACGGGCCACAAGCCACUGAGAGAGCUGAGUCUCCACGGUAACAGACUAGCUGAGAUCCAUCCAUCAGCAUUUCAGUCUCUGUGGAGCCUGGAGAAGCUGGAUCUGUCCGACAAUCAGCUGACGUCUCUUAACCAAACCUGGUUCAGCAAGCUCGGAGCUCUGCAACAGCUCAACCUGCUCAACAACCCGUACAGCUGCCUUGAGCCAGUGUUUCAGCCGCUGGUCAGGCUGAGGCGGCUGGCGUUUGGAGGUCCGGAUCUGAAGGAGCUCAGGAGAGGAGAUCUGUCUGGAGUCACUCAGCUGGAGGAGCUCACUGUGCACGCCAACAACCUUACCAGGUAUGAGUCCGGUGCUCUAGCGUAUAUUUGGCCAUUGGGUCGUGUAACUUUGAGCCUCCACAAUCCAUUUUUAACUAACCAAACUUUGGCCUCGGCUGUGCUCGACGACAUAUCGUACCCUGAGACACAAAUAGUUCUGGAGGACAUCCAUCUGAUGUAUCAUGAGUCUGCUGAGCCCUUCAUAGUGAUAUCCAACAGGAGAGUCAGGCACUUGACCUUCCGUAACUUCUCUGUAUCCGAUGAGGCCAUUGUCAACUUCCUGAACAAAACAAAUGGAGCGCCUAUCUCUUCUCUUAUCUAUGAUGCUGUCACACUAACGGGGGAAGGAAGGUGGGAGAGCGCCAAAUGGACUGAUCAUAAAAGUGUGGAUGAGUUCUACUUACGAGACGCCGUGGUGCUGGAUGUCUUUAAGUUUGUCUCAUUCUUUAACCUGAAGUACCUGCUGCAGUACCCCAGGAAGGUGUCCGUCAUUAACUGCGGGGUGUUUGUGAUGCCCUGUAACACGUCCCGCCUGCUGAUGAACAUGCAGUACUUGGACCUGUCUGACAACCUGCUGACCGAUUUGACUCUGGAGGAGACACUGUGCAACGGAGACGGUUCUAUGAAAGACCUCCGAGUGUUAAACAUCAGCAGAAACGCUCUGAAGUCUUUGUCCUUAGUGAGCCGACUGGUUGCGAAACUCUCCAAACUGACCCACCUGGAUGUCAGCAGGAAUGUCUACAGCUCCAUGCCACAGGGCUGCACCUGGCCCUCUACCCUGCGAUACCUCAACAUCUCCAGGGUCAAACUGCGCACCGUCACCCCAUGUCUACCCAUAACUCUGGAGGUGCUGGAUCUGAGCAACAAUGAUCUCAAAGACUUCACUCUGUUCCUGCCCGCCCUGAGAGAGCUCCACCUCUCAGGGAACAAGUUUCUGACGCUGCCUCACGGAUGGUUGUUCCCCAAUCUGCAAUCACUAACUAUACAGUCUAACACCCUGAACAUGUUCAGCCGCGUAGACCUUCAGGCAUAUGAGCGACUGCAGAACCUCCAGGCCGGUCAGAACAAGUUUGUCUGCUCCUGUGACUUUGUGGCUUUCCUCCAGUCGGACAUCAAAGGAGCUGGAGAUGUGCAUUUAACAGAUAGAAAGGAGAACUAUGUGUGUGACGCUCCUUUCCACCUGCGGGGGGAGAUAGUGAGUCAAGUCCACCUCACUAUUGCCUACUGCCAUCGGGUUUUGUUUGUGUCCGUGUGCUGUGUGGUGGCGCUGUUUGUCGGAUGUCUGGUGUGUGUCGUGCUGUGGCGCCUCCACGCGUUUUGGUACCUGAAGAUGACGUGGUCGUGGCUGAAGGCCAAGCGGAGCUCCCGACAGCAACGCAGAAAUCAAGCAGAUUCAGAGGCGUUGGUAUGCUUCGAUGCCUUUGUUUCAUACAGUGAGAGAGACGCUAGAUGGGUGGAGGACUUCUUGGUACCAGAGCUGGAGGAAACAAGGGAGAAUAAUGACGAUGCUACGAACCCCAGAAACUCCCAGCCUCUGUCCCUGUGCCUCCACAAAAGAGACUUCCUCCCUGGACACUGGAUUAUGGACAACAUCAUGAGUGCCAUGGAGCGCAGCCGGCGGACCAUAUUCAUCCUCUCUGAGAACUUCGUCCGCUCUGAUUGGUGCCGCUACGAAUUGGAUUUCUCCCAUUUUCGACUUUUCGAUGGGACUGCCGACGGGAAUGCAGCCAUCUUGAUCUUGCUGGAACCGCUGGCCACAGACGACAUCCCGAAACGUUUCUACAAAUUGCGCAAGCUCAUGAACUCCACCACCUACCUGGAGUGGCCUCUUGAGGAGGAGAGGAGGCCCGAGUUCUGGAGAAGACUCCGUGAUGCUUUGAGAGGCGAAGAGCAGGAUAACUGAGAAAGGAACAGAAGAACUGAGCACAAAAGGACAUUCCAGAGGGAAAAGGUAGAG